AUGCUAAAGGUGUCUCCAUGGAAAGGUAUUAUCCGAUUUGGAAAGCGUGGGAAGCUAAGUCCCCGUUUCCUUGGACCGUUUAAAGUCUUGGCUAGGGUGGGACUUCAGGCUUACAAAUUAGAACUACCACCAGAGAUGGCCGAAAUACAUAACACCUUCCAUGUGUGCUACCUUCGUAAGUGUUUGGCGGAAGAAGAAAGAGUAAUACCACUUUCGGAAAUUCGUGUAGAUGAGAACAAGCAAUGCAUGGAAGAAUCGGAAGCCAUUUUGGAAAGCAAAACCAAGGUAUUGAGGCACAGAGAGGUUGUCAUGGUCAAGGGUGUUACAGCAUUUCCUUAG